CCUUCUCCUCACGCCUCUGCAUACACACGCAUCAAAGCAUAUUGCUUAUAUAAUAGUCGUGACAUGAUAAUUAUAAGCCUCUUCUCCGCUUCCAAACUCUGCUAAUAUCUUCAGCCCUCAAAAAGAUUGUUGUUGUCUUCUUGAGGGUGGGUUUUUAUCAGAAUCGGCAAUCAUGAGUGUCACAUCAGCAUUUGAACAGAACUACCGUUGCUAUCCUGUGGCUUUCAUUGAAAAGGCACAUCUAGAGAAGGGAGAUAAAGUUAUAAUGCCUCCCUCAGCUCUUGAUCGUCUAGCAUAUCUACAAAUAGACUACCCCAUGCUUUUUGAAGUGAGUAACCCUACUUCUGGAAAGAUUACUCACUGUGGAGUGCUAGAAUUUAUCGCAGAUGAGGGCAUGAUAUACUUGCCGUACUGGAUGAUGGAGAAUAUGCUUCUACGGGAAGGAGAUAUUGUUAAUAUUAAGAAUGCCAGUUUGUCAAAGGGUACAUUUGUGAAGCUGCAGCCUCACACAAAAGACUUCUUGGAUGUAUCCAACCCAAAAGCAAUCUUGGAGACAACAUUAAGGAGCUACUCUUGUUUGACUACUGGAGACACUAUAAUGGUUGCCUAUAACAAUAAGAAAUUUUACAUUGACAUUGUAGAGACAAAACCUUCUUCUGCAAUUAGUAUCAUUGAAACAGACUGUGAAGUGGAUUUUGCACCUCCAUUGGAUUAUAAAGAACCUGAAAAACCACUUAAGGCUAGUAUUUCCAAAAAGAGACCACCAGAAGACCAAGCUGAGGAAGAGACGGACAACAAAGUUCCCAAGUUCAAUGCUUUCACGGGUUCAUCAAGACGCUUGGAUGGGAAACCUUCCACCGAACCAAUUGUAGCAGCUUCUUCUUCCUUGCUCAAACAUCACCAACCAGAAGCUAAAAGUAAUAAUGUUCCUUCACCAUCAAAUUCAUCAAGGAAACAUUGCGGGAAGCUUGUGUUCGGAUCAAACGGAGACCAACCCUCACAUGCAAAACCAAAAAAUGAGACCAAGCAAAAGGAACAGAGUCAGGAGGAACAACCUAAAAAGGAAGAGGAAACCAAGUUCCAAGCAUUUACUGGGAAGAAAUAUUCAUUGAAAUGAUCAUAUCUCCUAGUUAUCUCAUUUACAGAUUUGCAUGUUUGGAUCCAUUUAUAUAUAUACCUUGUGAGAAACAGGAACGAUCGCUGGCCAAGACUCAAGGGCCUAGCAAUGUACAGACACACUAGGGCUUUUUAUGUUUCCAGAUUUAUGCUGGUUUUUUGUUUAGUUUAAACAGCAGUUGAUCCAUGAUAACUUAUCAAAUGAAUUCCAAUUUCCUGUGGACUCA